AUGGGAGCAGAAAAGUCUAUUGCUCUGAGGGUGCAGACGGAAAAUGAAAAGUGCGCUGAUCAGGAUGACGAAGAUCGUUGCUUGCGUAUGAAAGCAUUGGGUCAUGUUGUUGAGUUGGAAGGCGAAAUCGAGGCAAGGAAGAAAUCAGUAGGUUUUGAAGAAAGUAACGACGAUGCGGAGACGGAGGCGAGUGAGGAAUAUAUUCAUCAGCAGCGCGAAAAGAAGGAAUAA